GGAAAAUUGGCAGCAGUUAUUUGCAAAUACUCUAAUCACGACGUGCCUACAAAAAUAAUACCGUACGUCAACAAUCAAAUGUUAAAGUCGUGUUUUUUUAGUACUUAAAAACGAAUAUCAUUUUUAAAUGAAACCCUUUCUGUUGACAUGUAAUUUCUUUGUUAAAACAACCUAUUUAUAGAAUUUUUAAUCAUUACUUUGGGCGCCAUUUUGUAUGUGGCCGGUGUAAUUUACGUACAUUUAAUCAAAAUUUGAAUUGUUUUACGUAAAUUAAUUCCACGCCGUUUAUUACUUUAUAAUCUAGUGCGUUAGUAAAUUACAAUUCUUUCCUUGAUAGGUUUGAUCAUGCCAGUACACUAAGCCAAUAUGACAAUUGCAACAAGAGGUCAGGGAUUAUCAGGAGAACCUCCUGAAACCCAAAGUUUGGUACCCGGCCCUUCUGAUCAUCGGGAUGAACAUCAGGAUGAUAACAUCGAACCUGACUUUCCCUUAGAUAAAUUGGCUUCCUUAGAUGAAAAGAUAUCCAGUUUACGUUGGGUCGUGCCCGUCUUACCGGAUCAGGAAUUGGAAUGUUUGUUAAAUGCGUCAAUCGAGCUGGCCAGAAAGGGGUUAGAUACCCGUUCGGAAGCGUGCCAGAGAUUUUUUCGAGAGGGACUAACAAUAUCGUUUACGAAGAUACUAACAGAUGACGCAGUCUCCAGUUGGAAAUCGAACAUACACCUGUGCAUUAAUCAAAAUUGCGUACGAUUAGUCGAGCUAUGCGUUCUAAAGCUUACACAAGACUGGUUCCCGUUAUUAGAUCUAUUAGCGAUGGUUUUUAAUCCGAAUAGCAAAUUUCACGCAUUUAAUUCUAGUAGACAGAGCGAAACCGUUAACGCCACACUGAAUUUAUCGGAGGAAGAGUUGUUUGCGAGGCCCGUUAACGAUCUACGAAAUCCACGCGGUUGGCUAGUCGAUCUGUUGAAUAAGUUCGGAGAGUUGGGCGGUUUUCAGUUGCUUUUGGAACGAUUUCAGUCUGGGAAGAACCUGAACAUUUCCGUAGUGUUCGCACUACUGAGACCUUUCGGAUUAGCGCACGAGCACUUAACCCCGCAUACUGUGAAUAAAUACUUACUGCCAAUUUUAGAAAUGGUUCCCGGUAUUCUCGAUAAGUUAACGGACGAAGAGUUGAAACGCGAAGCGAAAAACGAAACGAAAAGCGACAUUGUAUCCGCCAUUAUAAAAUCGUCGAAAAAUUUAGCGCUGCGUGUCUCAAAUCAGGAGGAAUUAAUACGAACGUUGGAAAAUUUUCGAUUAAAAAUGAUCCUGCGACAGUUGCAAAUCUCUAGCUUCAACGGGAAGAUGAAUGCCUUAAACGAAAUUAACAAAGUGAUAUCGAGCGUCGCGUACUACCCGAAUCGUCAUCACGGCGUCGAGGAGGAGGAGUUUUUGACUCCCGAGCGUAUGGCGAAGUGGUUGAACGAGAAUAGAGUAUUGGAAAUAGUAUUACGGGAUUCGUUGCAUCAGCCCCAGUACGUGGAAAAGCUGGAGAAGAUCUUGAGGUUCGUCAUAAAGGAGCGCGCGUUGAGUUUGUCAGAUUUGGACGCGAUUUGGUGCGCGCAGGUUGGUAAACACGAGGCAAUUGUGAAAAACGUUCACGACCUGCUGGCGAAGUUAGCGUGGGAUUUUAGUCCCGAGCAGUUAGACCAUUUAUUCGAAUGUUUCCAAAGCAGCUGGACGUCGGCCUCGAAACGACAACAGGAACGGCUGCUGGAAUUAAUUCGACGGCUCGCCGAGGACGACAAAGAUGGAGUUAUGGCGCAUAAAGUCUUAACCUUGUUUUGGAAUCUGGCCCAUUCAGAGGAUGUUACAAUUGAAAUUAUGGACCAAGCCCUAGCGGCCCACGUUAAAAUUUUGGAUUACAGUUGCUCGCAAGAGAGAGAUGCUCAAAAAACCGUGUGGCUAGAUAAGUGCGUCGACGAGCUUAAAUCCGGUGACAAAUGGGCGUUGCCCGCUUUAAAGCAGAUCAGAGAGAUCUGCUGUCUUUAUGAACCAUCGACAAACGGAAUGCACGCCCAAAGGUCUCAUCAUAUGUUUUAUAGGCAGGAAGUGAUUGAACGUUUGCAAAACCAACAUUCUUUAGUUAUUUUAGUUACAAAUACUCUUACGUCUUAUAUGGAUAGGCUUCGUGUUCUCGUUAAGGAACACCCAGAACUUACUAGCGACACCUAUUUGCCAGACGGUCGCUAUAGUCAUGUUCUUCAAGUGCAAGAACGACUUAAUUUUUUAAGGUUUUUAUUAAAAGAUGGUCAAUUAUGGCUGUGCGCGGAGCAGGCGAAACAAAUUUGGCAGUGCCUAGCCGAAAAUGCCGUAUUCGCAUCGGAUCGUGAGGCGUGCUUUCGAUGGUUCUCGAAGUUAAUGGGCGAGGAGCCGGACCUGGAUCCCGGCAUAAACAAGGACUUCUUCGAAAACAACAUUUUACAAUUAGAACCGACGCUACUCACCGAGAGCGGCAUAAAAUGUUUCGAACGUUUCUUCAAGGCCGUCAACACGAAGGAGGGCAAGCUGAAACCGAAACGGCGUUCGAUUAUUACGGACGAUCCCGACUUAAUAGGCUUAGAUUAUUUAUGGAAACUUGUUACCUUGUGCUCGGACGACAUUGCAUCGCGGGCGAUCGAUUUACUUCGCGAAGUUAGUACCAAUUUAGGACCUAGGCUGUUGGCAUCUCAGUUAGUUUUUCACGAGACCUACAUAACCGAGUGUUACGAUCGUUUAAGAACUCAUUACGAUAUAUCGACGGUUUAUCAGAAGACCAAAACGGAAACGGAUAAGGAAUUUGAUCUGAACCAAUUGCAGAAUAGUAUUACAUCGGAGGCGGUUAAAAUGUGUCGCAUAUUGCGAGUACUACACGAAUAUCUUAGCGAAUGUGAUAAUGCUUUUUUGGGCGAACGAAAGAUCCUACCAUUACAUCGAGCAUGUAAAGGGAAACAUAUGGGAUUAAUUAUUCGGUUCUCCAGCCCCAAUCGUCCGGUAGAGGAUUUAGAAGUUACCACGCAUACGAACGAUACAAUAGCAUCGGUCCGGCGAUAUAUUUUAAGACGGAUAAAGCCAGUAGUACAUUGUAAGUUAGAACUUUUUAUAAACGGAGAGCUUUUGGAUACCGCCGACGAUAGGAAACUUCUCGGUCAAAUCCCUCUUCGUGACCGAAUGAUUAUUUCGGCCAAAAUUACUCAGGUCAAUUCCAAUAUGGCGUCGUCCCAAGACAGUAGCUCAGAUAGCUCUACGUCAUCGCCACAACAUCCGUACGAUAGUCCAAAUCUGGAGGCGGAAAAUUUACUACCCGGCGUGUUAAUGUCGACGCAACCAGUCUACACUCAUUUUUUUUGUCAGCUGUAUAACAUUGGCAGUCAAGAAUUUCCUCCUCUUAGAGAUAGUACAAAUGCCCUUUUACAAUUAAUGCCUUGCGAUACCACGACAGUUGAUCAUUUGUUAUUAGCUUUUAAUGGUUCACACGAACCCGAAAUUAACGUAGACACAUUAUUUUUUAGUGCCACCCCGGCAGAAGUUUUGUACAACUUGGAAGUUCUAUACGUGCUGCUGAUGCCAGCGACUGAACUGCUAUCCGAGAAAUCCUACGAGUUUCAAUAUAAUUUUAUGAUUUCCGGCGAUGCCCACAGGUUUCUGGAGAUGUUUACUAAAAACAAUUUCAUGUGUAAUGCCGAUAUGGUCACUAGGCGUUCGGCGUACCUUGUUGUUAUAAAGAUCUGUAAAUUAAUUUUGACAUCUGUGGCACAGGUACUUGUCCGGCUAAGCGAAGAUCACACUCCUCCAGAAUUGGAAUCGAAUAGUGAUAAUGCUUCACCGGGCGUGUUUCUGAAGCAAGCGUUAAGAAGUAUUCCUGGACAUGCAGAUUCGGCACUUCGUCAGGUGUCCAUGAAGUUGGCUCAAGGUUUAGCAGAACUAAUGUUAGCUGAGACGAGCGUUGGACAAGCGCAGGCGCUAUUCAGUCAAGCUCUCAAUUGGGAACUACCAGACUGCCUGACGGUGUUCGCCUUGGUCCAUCUGAUAUGGGCGGCCAGUAGUGCCAACCUGCACGCGCUAAACGCUUCCCCGGAAACGCUUCACUCCCUGUGCGAUCCGACGAAACGCAACGCGCCCCUGGAGUUACAUCAGGACGACGUACUUCUCUGCAGGGAGGCGUUGGAAUUGCUGAGCAUCGCGCUAGUGUUAAAUCCAAGUAGUUUCGAAGUGCUCUGUCACGAUAAACAGUUUUCUAUGUUUCUGACUGAUUUAGUUUUGUUAAAUCCGAGUCGCGCCGUUCGUGUGGCCGCCGCGGAACAGUUUAUAAUUAUUUGCACUUGCGGUAGCGCGAGUCAGUUGGCGUUGCAAAUAAUCACGCCGUUGUUAAUUUCGUUAUUGGACACAUUAGUGCUGGAAAAUGCCCAGACUUCGCACGAAUUCUUUCAGUUGUUAUGUCGUUUAACUAAUUGCAUGUGUUUGGUUGGUUUUCCUUUUUCGAACGUGGAGGCGUUAUUGACGAGGGAGGUUAUAUGGUUGCGUAAAGCAAGGGGGCAGCACGAGGUUUUACUAGAGGGACACUUAUCUUUAGCUCGCGAGUUGUUGUGUUUUUUGAGUAUCGAGCAGAAGUGCGAAUUGGGUAGUUCAGUGAACGGUAACUUAAUUAAAGAACUUUUAGAAGAUUUUUUAUUUCCGGCAAGUAAACUUAUGUUACAUCUUAAUCGUACCGGGCAGUUAGGCGAAGAUCCGGCGACACCUAUAUGUGAUACACCACAAACACAAGCCGCCGCAUUCGAGCUGCUCAUAAGUUUGUGCAUCAAUUGUGUACCUAACUGCAGACAACUUGUAACAAUGCUCAACGACAUGUUUUAUUCAGACCAAGAGACUGCGUUAAUAGAAUGGGAUUACUUACCGACAGUCGGACCUCGUCCGCUGCAGGGUUUUGUAGGAUUGAAAAACGCGGGCGCGACAUGCUACAUGAACUCUGUUCUGCAACAGUUGUACAUGGUUGAAAGUAUACGAGAUGGCCUAUUGGCGUGCGAGGGCGCCGCUACAGAUCCGAACGAAGAUUUCUCAGGCGAGGAUCGUUUGGAUCUGGAGACAGAUUGCUGUGAUGAUCGUAAUAGUUUGGACGAUAAUAGGAAGGAUUAUAAUGUGGGCAUUUUAAAACAAGUUCAGGCGAUUUUUGGUCAUUUGGCUUGCUCCCGCCUACAAUAUUAUAUACCACGGGGGUUGUGGCGACAUUUUAAGUUGCAAGGCGAGCCAGUAAAUUUGAGAGAGCAACAAGACGCUGUCGAAUUUUUUAUGUCCCUCGUGGAAAGUUUAGACGAAGCAUUAAAAACCUUAGGGCACGAUCAGAUCAUGUCCAAAAUCUUAGGCGGUUCGUAUUCGGACCAAAAAAUUUGCAAAGGCUGUCCACAUAGGUAUUCGAAGGAAGAACCCUUUAGCGUUAUUAGCGUUGAUAUACGAAAUCACAGCAGCUUGCAGGAUUCAAUGGAGCAAUACGUCAAAGGCGAGCUGCUGGAGGGCGCCGACGCGUACUAUUGCGAGAAGUGCGCGAAAAAAGUCGUGACGGUCAAGCGGCUGUGCGUGAAGAAGCUACCGCCGAUUUUGGGAAUACAGUUGAAGCGAUUCGAAUACGACUUCGAGCGGGUGUGUGCCAUUAAAUUUAACGAUUAUUUCGAAUUUCCGCGCGACUUGGAUAUGGAACCUUACACUGUUAGUGGGUUGGCAAAGCUUGAGGGAGAAGUUAUUGACUGUGAUUUAGAUGCCAGUAGUAAUGAAAUUUGUACUAAAUAUCGUUUGUCUGGAAUUGUUGUGCAUUCGGGGCAAGCUUCCGGUGGUCACUAUUACUCCUAUAUUAGACAUCGUGACCCCACUGUCGAAGUAAGAUGGUAUAAAUUCGACGACGGCGAAGUGUCUGAAUGUCGAAUGGGCGAAGACGAGGAGAUGAAAGUGCAAUGUUUCGGCGGCGAUUAUAUGGGCGAGGUUUUCGAUCCGAUGUUAAAGCGAACAACGUACCGGCGGCAAAAGCGAUGGUGGAACGCGUACAUGCUUUUUUACACGAGGCAGGACGUCGAGGAGACUGCGAUUCUGAAAUCCUUUGAACAAUUGACGAUAUCGGAAAAAAAGGAAGCGCACGUGGUAAUGCCGACGGCGAUCGAAAAUAGUAUUAGAAAACAAAAUAUAAAGUUCCUUCAUCAUCGCAGUCAGUUCUCGGUGGAGUACUUCAAUUUUAUUCGUAAACUGAUCACUUGCACUACUACUGCACGUUCGAAUCAUACAAUCAGUAAUGAGAUGGAACAGUUAUCGAUGCUAAGUACACAGUUGGCGAGCAAAUUUUUAUUUCACACUGGUUGGCAUACGAAAAAAAAUUUACGAGGAGCUGCAGUAGAUUGGUGUGACGUCUUAUGUAUGCAUCUGAGAACGGCACCUUCGAUCCGAUCAUGGUUUGCGCAUCACAUGCUGUUCAACCAUCCCCAUAGGUUUUGUGAAUAUUUACUUAGUUGCCCCAGUAACGAGGUACGAACUGCAUUUAUGAAGAUCAUAGUAUUAUUAGCCCACUUUUCUUUAAAUGACGGUCCAAGUCCGGCGCCCGCGUGUAUAAAUAAUCCAGAUCCGAACGCAACCCUUAGUGAUCACAUUCUAUUAGCUCUCUUAGGACUUUUACAACGAGAGGUUAGCGAACACGGAAGACAUUUACCUCACUAUUGUAACGUAUUUCAUAUGUAUGCUAGUCAAGGAAUUCAAGAAAAAACGCAGUUGUUAAAGAUGAACGUACCCGCGACCUUUAUGAUGGUCGCAAUGGACGAGGGACCAGGGCCCGCCAUUAAAUAUCAAUACACGGAAUUGGGAAAGUUGCAUCAGCUUGUCUCGUGUCUAGUUCGAUGUUGCGAUGUCAGUAGUAAAUGUCAAUCUAGUACGGGUGGAACAGUGAUGCCUAAUCAAUUUCGUGAUACUAGCUGUGUGGAACCCAUUAUGCCACUUUCACCUCAGGCUUUUGAAGUACUUUUCGGACGAACUAGUUAUAUAAAGAAAGUUAUAGAAGACACAAAUUUAACGGAAGAUUCUAUAAAGUUACUGCAAUUCUGUUCGUGGGAAAAUCCACACUUUUCAAGAACAGUCCUCUCUGAGCUUUUGUGGCAGAUAGCAUUCGCCUACUGUCAAGAACUAAGGCACCAUAUGGAGCUACUACUGUCAGUUUUGCUGUUAGAGGAUUCGUGGCAAUCUCAUCGCAUACAUAACGCAAUUAAAGGCGUGCCCGAUGAGAGGGAAGGUCUGCUCGAGACGAUCGCGCGUUCCAAAAAUCAUUACCAGAAGAGAGCCUACCAGUGCAUAAAAUGCCUAGUCGCCCUAUUUAACAAGUGCAAACCGGCACUGAUGAUGCUACACCUGCACGCGGACAUACGCAGGCACUGGGGUCAGGCGAUCGCGUGGUUACAAGACGAGCUGGAGCGACGAUAUCCGGCGAGUACUUAUAACACGUGGUCUCCGCCCGCUCAGAGCAACGACAGCUCCAACGGAUACUUCCUCGAAAGGUCUAACAGCGCGCGAAAGACUCUGGAGAGGGCGAUCGAGCUCAUGCCGGAGCAGGACAGGGACGAGGACGACGUAAGCGAAGAGCAGGAGUCUCAGGAGGAGGUGACGGAAACUUCGCCUGGUCAAGAGGCGCCCACGGAAAUGCCGGACGUCACUCAAAGCUGCGAAAACAUCUCUAACACUUAAUAACAUCCGUUUUCAGUCAUCGGUCACAUUCUUUUUAUAGUUUAGAUUGCUAGAAA